AUGGAAAAUACUCUAGAUAUUCAAGAAUAUUCGCCAAUCAUAAAAAGUCAAAUCUGGCAUUAUGAAAUAGGAAAUACUCAUGGAUUUUGGUUUUCAAGCACAGGGAAACCAAGAGUAGUCAUUGGUCCUCACUGUAACAGACAAAUUAGGGAUGUAUUGUUUAAUUUCCGUUUUAUUAUUUACAAUCAUAUUUGGAACAUUGCUGCUGUUUAGCUCUUAUUUUGUCCCAAGAAUUAUGUCUACAAUAAGCUGAGUUGCUUAUUGCACUUGUCUAACAAGCUGGCUUAUAUCUGGAUUAAAAAAUCCAGGUCUCGAACUUGAAAUACUUACUAAUCAACAAGAAAUAACGAAAUAUUUUAACGAUAAGAAAUUUUGCAGGGUUUGUGAAGUGCUGAGAGAGCCUGGGACACUUCAUUGCGUUGAAUGUGAUGUCUGUAUCAAAGAAAAACAAAGUCAUUCUUUAAUAGUAGGAAAAUGCAUUGGUAAAGAAAUAAAAGUUCCUUAUUAUAUAUUGAUAGGAUCAAUUAUUUUUCUUGCAUCAUAUAUUGGAUUUAUAGCAGUGUAUGCUAUUUUUAUUUAA